AAUUAAGUGAUAAUGUGUUUGAAAUGGUUAUCAUUUUUUAUCGAUAUAUUUGUUGUCCGCAAACGUAAAAAGUGUGUAAUAAUAGUGACAAUUAUAUCAAUAGUUAUUUUAAUAUAUUUUAUUACAAAUUUUAGUCAAAUAUUAUCUAAUUUAAAGUGCAAUCAAUUGAAAAGUAAAGCAUUGAAUGAAAUAUGUAUUGAAUUUAUGAGAAAUCAAUUUACAGGUCAUUUGUGUCAUGAAUUGUGUCAAUCAAAGACAUUACAACUGAUUGAGUGUCCAAAUAUUGACGGACACAACGGCAAAGACUAUGUGUUUGUCGGUCACCGAUAUGAUCAACAAAGUGGUCAACUCGUUGACAAAAUUGUUUUAAAAGCCAGAACUUUGACGACAUUUGAAUUGAUUGGAAGCACUUCUUGGAUAAAAAGUUUUGCAAAUAAUAGACAACUAAUUAUUAAAGCAAUUAAUGAUAUAAUGACUGCAAGAUUUGGACGAUUACCCAAACAACAAGUGAUCUCCGAUACUAAUGAUAAUCAAAUAAAUUACUUUUAUGUAAACCAAUUAAUUGAUGGAUUAAUUGAUGGUAAAGGAGAUCAACUGAACGAAACAAUUUUGACAAAUAUAUGGCUUCUCAUACAAGACAAUGAGUAUGUCUUAAGCAAAAUCUAUCCAAAUAUAUUCCCUACAGUUGUGGGCACUUGUGGUCACUUUUAUGGUGUCAAAUAUGCCGAUCGGGUGAUAGAUAUCUCUUACUUUACUCCACAUUAUUGGCCACUUGUGUCACAAACUUUUGAAAAGCGUAUAGAAAUUGGUAUAAAGAUAAUGACAUUUUUAAGAGACUUUAUUUUAAUUGAUCCAAAACUUGAGUUGUGUGACAUCAAGUUUGAACAUUUGGCACUCAUGAGUGGUCGUCUGUAUUUAAUUGAUUCAGAUAUGAUAUACACUAAAAAAGCCGUUAUUGAGUCCAUUGAAUGGAUCAGCCAUUGCAGUGAAGACAGUGAUUGUGAUUUUAUAGAUUGUAAAGGCGUUUGUAUUAAAGAUAAUAAAUGUGUGAUUGAAGUUACCGACGAUGACCUGUCAAGAGUUUGUCGCAAUAUCUUCUUUAUGGGAAAACUAUAUAAUUUGAUUGAUUUGGGAUUAUUUUCACAACAAACUAAUGAUUUAUUUAUUAAUAAAAGUAUUCAAUUAAUACAUAAUCAUUGUUUCAAUAGGACUGAUCUCAUCAGUGAUAUCAAUGCUAUUCAUUUAAUUUUAUUAAAAAUUAAGUCCAAACUUAGCAACAAAUCUGAACUUUAA